GUCAGAGCCGCAGUGUUUACAGGGGACUGUGUACUGUUCGCCGAGCCCAAGGGGAGGGAGAAGAAGCGCGAGCCGAGCGCAGCACGAGCCCCAGGGAGGGAGAGCGGAAGCAAGCCAGCGCGAGCCCGACGGACGAAGAGGCCAAGGCCAUUGCUGCCAUGUACCGGGCCCUCUACACCUUCCACUCGGCCGAGCCGCAUUCUCUGCACUUCACGGCCGGCGAGAGCUUCGUUAUCCUGGAGCGGAGCAACCAGCACUGGUGGCUGGCGUCCAAGAGCAGCACCGGGGAGGUGGGCUAUAUUCCCGCAUCGUACAUCCACAAGGACGAGUCAAAUCAGCAUGAUCUGGUCCUACAGUCGAUUGACCGAGCAAUCGAGGCAAUUCAUAAUGCAGCAAUGAAAGCUGGUGGCAAAUACAACCUGGAACAACGUGAAGUUCUACAGAAAUUAAUACAUCAUCGAAAAUUUACUGUUGCUCGAAAAGACCAGAUUAUGAGCCAGCAGAAGGUAAAUUCCAAGCCUAAUAUGACUGAGAACCAGGGAGAAACAGAUCACCAGCUAGGUAGACAGGCCAAGAUCCUGCCUGAUUAUUGCCCUUUUCCGUCAGAGUCACAGUCUCCAGAAGGCACUGUUUACCAGACCACAGCUCAGCACCGAUGUGCAGCUCCAGUGGCUCCACAACAGCAUGACAAACUUGGGGAUUUGUACCUUUCCUCAUCACUUAAGCAAGAGACUGUAGAAGACUCCCCACAGAACGUGUCAACUAUUUCGUCUGUGAGUACAGCUUCUCUUGAUACCCUGUAUACUGGCUCCUCCAACUCGCCUGAACUGCAGCAGUCCACAGUCACUUCCAGUCCUUCGACAACCCCUCCACCCCUCCCAACUCGAAGCACUUUUUCUGCUCCUAAAUAUCCAACCAGCAUCCCUCCCUGUGGAGACGCAAUACCAGGACAUUUGAUUGAUGCCUACAAUCCCAGUGGCCCAGUUCAAGCAUCCACUCUUAUCGACUUGAAUGCUGAAAAUGUGCACUGUGCAAGUCAGGGCAAGGAGACUCCAGCAAUGUCAUCACCUGAAGCGGAGGCAGGCCAGCCUGUUGUCUCUGUUCCCAAAACUAUUGGAGCCGAGCUGAUUGAACUGGUUCGUAAGAACACAAAUCUCAGCUAUGAGAUGUCACGCGUGGCAAUUGGUGUGAUGGUUGGACACAUUCAGAGUUCAGUCCCAGCAGUGAUGGAUGUUAUGGAGCAGAUCUUGCUGUCGCUGGUGGAGAGCAAGGACCUUAGUUCAGCAUUACCCAGGGGUCAAGUUUGUCAGGAUGAACAGCGGCUUGAAGUAAUCUUUGCUGAUCUGGCAAGGCACAAGAACGAUACCCAGCAAAGGAGCUGGGCAUUGCAUGAGGAUGAGAGCAUCAUCUCCUGUUACUUGGAGGAGCUGCUGGGUAUUCUGACUGAUGCAGAUCCAGAAGUCUGUAAAAGAAUGAUAAAGAAGAAUCACUUUGAACCAGUUCUCUCACUCAUUGCUUAUUAUCAGAUGGAACAUAGGGUGGCAUUGAGGUUGUUCUUACUGAAAUGCUUUGGAGCCAUGUGCAAUCUGGAUGCAGCCAUCAUCUCCACAUUGUCAAACUCUGUGCUACCAAUGGAACUUGCACGGGAUAUGCAAGCUGACACCAAAGAACACCAGAAGCUGUGUUACUCUGCAUUGCUGCUGACCAUGGUGUUUUCCAUGGGGGAGCCAUUACCAUAUCAUCAUUAUGAACAUCUGAAUUCAGAUUUCAUUCAGUUUCUCCUGGAUGUGAUUGAGGACGGACUACUCUCUGAUUCCACUGAACAGCUUCCAGACUUGUUCACAAAUGUACUGCUUUCUUUCAAUCUCCACAUGCUUGUGCCAUCAAACAAUAUCAUCAUGAAAACGCUAUCUAAACGGGAAAAUGUGAAGGUGUUCACUGAAAAGUUACUGCUUCUGUUAAACCGAGCAGAUGAUCCAGUUAGUAUCUUCAAGCACCAGCCCCAGCCACCACACUCAGUUCUCAAAUUUCUGCAGGAUGUGUUUGCAGACAAAGAUACGGCAAGAAUUUUCUACCGAACUGACAUGAUGGUGAUGAUCGACAUAAUCGUGCGGCAGACUUCUGACCUCUCACCAGGAGAAAAGAUCAGAAUGGAGUACCUCUCACUGAUGCACGCCAUCAUCCGUACAACUGAUUACACAUGCCACCAACAUCGCCUCUCUGAUCUACAGGGUACCUUCCAGCGAAUUUUGGCUGAAGAGGAAAAUGACCAGGCAUGCCAGAUGGACAAACUGAUCAUCAAUGAGAUUUGCAAAGAAUUUCCAGAUUUUGCCAUCGAGAACUAACCCAGGAAUAAUUGUGCCAAAAGAGUUUUCAGGAUGCAAUAUGCAAACACUUGAAAGAUUUGUUGGUGUGGUCUAUUGCUAAAUUCUGAUCCCCAUUUGACAGUGUGCUUUGUAUUUGCAACUGAACCCAAAGCCUUUUGCAGCCUUGGAAAAGGUUCUGAAUCCUUUGUCUUCCCCAUUUGCUACAGAAAUGGUGGAGCAUUGUGACUGACCAUUGUUGCUAGACUAUAUAGAUUGCUAUUGUGUCCAGAAUAUCAGUAACUCUAAAGUAGAAGAGCCAUGCCAUGGCAAUAACCACUGAACAGGGAGGGUAGAAUGUUGGUUGAGAGGGUUUAAUGGACUUUGGCAUCUAACAUUUCUCCCAAGUUUCCUGGAGCUGAGCUGACCAGCCAGAUCUUUAGCACAGCAGUUAGAAUAUUUCACAAAAGGCUCAUCUGGACAUAUAUAGCAGGGAUACCAUGCGUUAUAAAGCCGCAAUGAGUUUUGGGCAUUGCAGGCAUUAUCUAUGAGGAUAAAAUUAUAACAGUUUGGUGAUCUCACCUUGACUUUGCUAAAGUAACAUCCACCUCUUUAUAUUUGUGAUUGGAAAUUUAAAAAUUUAGCCAAUUAUUUACUGAAUGAUAAGUUUGCUGUUUUGGUGGAGUUAACAACUGUCACUCUGACAGCUUGUUAGAAGUGUUGGUAGUUGUGGUGGGAACAGGGUACCAUGCUACAGUCUGCCAGGGUCCUCACAGUGGCACACACUACUUGAGUGAGUGGUGCCAAUACUUUUCUCUGGGAUCUCAGUGUCAGGCAACUAUAAAAGAAUGUAGUGUUCAGGGAUUUCAUUUACUGCCCUCAAUAGUGUGAGGAGGAGGAGGGUAUGGUUGGGGACUCCACACCAAUCUUGACUGUGUGUGCUCAGGAUCAGAUUAAGACAGGAGUGUAAUUGGAGAUGAGUUGAUCAGUCACUUGGGCAUUUUGAUCAGUCCUGCCAUUUCCUGUUUAACAUACUGCCCACAAUCGGCUGCUGCUGUUUGACAGGGCAGUGUCCGAAUGCACCACUUUUCUGCUGCUAUCAUCUGCAUAGCUAGCAAGGAAACAUGGGAAUGAAUCAGGAAAAUUGAAUGUUUGAAAGUAUUGUGGUAUGAUCUGACUGCGGCUUAAAGGCCACUCAAACAUGGCUCUUCUUUAUCUGUGUGGACAUGUUCUCUGGGUGUGCCAGUAGCUUUCUGUGUCCAAACUCUGCUCAGUAUUCUCUGGCUCACACUGCUGUUUUCCAGCUUUAACAAAGUGCUUAACAUUUAAAUAGCCUUAAGUGAAUGGAGAUAAAAGUGUUGGUCUGGGGUAAAGUGAGUACACAGUCACUGACUGUCUGCUCGUGUUCUUACAGAGUAGGAGCAAACCAAGCUGUAGUCUGACCUCUGAACAGAUCGGCAGUGAGGUUAUUGGUGGGCCCGUUACCUGCAGGUACUCACCCCUCCCAGCUUCCACUGCUAUUUGUUAUUCAGUAUUUCCCUAUUUCUCUUCGUUAUAAUUAAAACAGCUACAAACAUGGCCUUCACUGUGUGAUCUUUUCCCAACAGCAGGCAUCACCGGUUUCUCAAGAAAUUGACAUUUUUUGUAGCUUUUUUAGAAUGUUAUUCAAAAUUCAAAGUAGAUUUAUAAUCAAAGUACAUGAAUGUCUGUGUUGGCACAUGGCCUAGUGGCAAGGCAUCAGACUAAUAACCUGAAGGUCACUGGUUCGAACCUCAGCUGAGGCAGCGUUUUUGUGUCCUUGAGCAAGGCACUUAACAACACGUUGCUCUGCCGAUGUCACCAGUGACAAGCUGCAUGGGUCCUAGUGCCCUUCCCUUGGACAACAUCGGUGGCGUG